AUGAGCUCUACAUCCAAAACUUCCCAAGCAGCCCGCCUGCAAAACGAUUUCGGGGCCGAUUACUGGGUUCGCAACAAGGAGGCACAUCGGCACGCGACUGCUGGACGAGGUCUUUUCGCCGGUCUCCAGGAUGUCAAGUCCUACAAUGUAGACCAUGGCUGGGCCCGCCGUAAGUCUGGGGAUUCGCAGACUGGCUUGAUUGGAUCUUUAUGGAAUAGAUUCACCGGUGGAUCGUACCACCCACCCUCGGCCUGA